AUGGACAACAAUAGCGCUAUAGCGUCAAGCUCAACAGUGUCCACUCUGAUGGCUACAACAAUCGCCACAAAGACUUCUGAUGAAAAAAAUUCUGAAGAGACUUUUCAAGUGCCAAUCUCACAGCUUCUACCUAUUUUUUUGAUGGCAUUUAUACUUAUGUUGUUACUGUUGGCCUGUCUGUACGACUGUAAAGUUGACCGAGAAUGUCUUAGGUUAGUCUGUUGCAGCCUUCUUUUUUUUCUUUUCAUUUGGAGAAAGUAACU